AUGGCGCAAGCAGGCAAAGAGAAUAUCGCCGACGGUCUGAUUGCGAAUGGCUCAUUCAAGGCUUCUACGCAACCUUUGAAGAAAGCAGCUUUGUCACCAAAGAAAAAGACGCGUAGUAAGAGUAUCGGUCCCGGAGGCCUUAGGGAAUUGGAAGCGCCCCCGCUGAAGGAGACGGCUGGAAACCGCAGAAAGUCCGCUUUCAUCCCCGCCGUCAAGUCCAUUCUAGCCUCGAACGAUGAAGACGAGAAGAAACGGCGCGAAGCCCGCCGCAAGUCGCUGGCAAGGCGACGCGUGUCUUUCGCUCCGGAAGCCACUUUGCACACAUGGGACGUAGUUGAGUACAUGCGCGAUGCGACCACAUCUUCUGCCUCAUCGGAGGCCACACGAAGAGCCUCGAGCGUCUCACAAGCAUCUACACCGGCAUCGCCUGCCCCUCCAUCGGACCCCGCCGAGCCACCCUCCACACCACCAGAACAAGCUGAAGAGCCUCAGCCAGAACCUAGUUCGUCACCUGCAAGCGCGCGCGCGCAACACCAGAAGAAGAACCGCCGAAGCUCGGGUAUACCACCGAUGAACUUCAACAACCCGGAUGAUGUCUACUCGUCAAGUCCGCUAAGUGGGGACAAUGCUUCACCCGGUGGAGACAACGGGAGCAGCGACUCUGAGGAUAUGGAUAUUGAUGAUGCGACAGAGAAUAUUGGCGCUUCUCCGGACGUCGAGGAUUCAUCGCAGAGCAGUGCUCGCUUGGACGCUGCACUACGAGAGGCGUCGAACCUGGCAGGCACACAAAAGCUGGACUUUGACGAUGAUGAUGGAGACAUGACCAUGGAAAUUGCGCAAGACGAGGUUACUGCAUCUUUCAAACCGUGGGCAAAGAAGAGCUUUGUCGCACAGUACGACAAGGAGAAUGCAAGCCCUCUUUUCUCACCAGCACGCACCAUAGCCGAUGAGGACGACGAUAUGAGUAUGGACAUUACGCGUGCAGUGGGUCGCAUCGUACCACCGCCACAACAACAGCAACGGCAGCAGCAGCAGCAGCAGCAACAACAAUCGGACGCAGCGAGCUCUGACAUGGACGAAGACAUGACUAUGGAUCUCACUAUGCCACUCGGAAGCAUACAGGCAAUGACGGCAUCAUACAAACCAGCGAACAAGAGGAAGAGUCUUAAGAGGAGGGUUUCAUUGCUCGAUGAAUCCCAAGGUAGCCCUGCAAAGCGCCCUGGGAGUCGGCGAACCAGUUUGCGGAAGCGUCGACAGUCCGAAGAGCACGAUCAAGAAGACGCAACCAUGGACCUUACGAUGGCGAUUGGGGCGAUAAAGAAAGCACCUCAGCCCGAGCCAGCCAGGCGUGUUAGUGUCGGAAGUGUCGUUGAUGACGCGACCAUGGAUUUCACUCUGGCCGUGGGUAGUAUCAAGAACGGCAAGUCACAGGCGCAGGAGGUAGAGGAAGAGCAGGAGGAUGAAGUCGAGGACGAGGAUCUUUCCAUGGAAUUUACCAAGAUCAUUGGACCUGGCAUCAGGCGUGCCGGCAACUCCACAAUCACACCAGAGACGCCCGCUGAGGCCACACCAGUUUCAGCAAACAAGACAUCGACUCCACGAAAAUCUCCGAAAAAGUCGCCUGGACGAAGGAGUUCCAUUCUCAAAGCGGAAGCCGAAAGCGAGCCUCAAGUAUUACAAGACAUUACUCCCAGUACAUCAGGAGAGGUGGCCUAUCCGAACCUUGACCCCGGUACUCCAGAGAUUGUAAGACAGAAGGAUAUCGAAGAGGUUGAGCCAUCGCCAUUUGUGCGUCGAACUCCGUUGAGUGCGUCCAAAACAAACGAUGCUCUCGCGACGCCUACAAAUCCGACACCACAGAGGACACCUAUGGCCAUUCCCGAGGACCCAAUCGCAGCUACAAUACUAAAUCGACGUCGUUCUUCCUUAUCCGCAGUGCAGUUCAGUCCUUUGAACGCACCACGCCAGGAACCUACUCUCAAGAGCACCGCACUUUUGAGCAACAGCAUCAAGCUGUUAUCCACCCCCCGAAAGCAGACACUGAUAUCGCCAGUGAAACGAGGGAUGACGCCAAAGAAGUCUCAGUCUCCUCUUAAGCAGGCGACGCCAAAGCAAAAGACACCGACUCCUAAGAAGGCAACACCCAGAAAGAGCAUGAGCCCAACAAAGCGUGUUGCUUUUGGGGAAGAGCCGGAAGAAGAAGAUAACAACGAUGACAACGAUGUGGCAGAGGACUUAUCAGACGUCGAGCGAAUCUCACUGCAAGACUUCCUUGACAUGACGAAAAUUCGUUUCAUGGAUCUUAGUACGACCAAGCGACGCCAUACUGCUGCUCCUGCCGUUUUCCACGACGUUGAAGUAGAGGAGAAGGAGGAAUCCUUAGACCGCUACGUUGUGGCUGGUGCAUGCACAUUACCUGAGUACGAACUGUAUCAGCAUGCGUGUCACGAAAUGAAGAAGUACAUCUCAGACGGUCGCCACUUCGUUCGCACUCUGGAAAACAAUGUUCUAGAGGAGAACCCACUGCUGUUCAGCGAGUACCUCACUGCUCCCCCGGAUCAGCGCAAGGUCAUGGACAAUCAGUUCAAGAAUCUCAAGACAAAUGCGCGUCUCGAGGCUCGUGGAGAGUGGUAUACAUGGCGAAGCACGCUGUUGCACGAUCUCAAAGCUGGUCUUCUACAUACCAUGGAUGGCUUCAAUCACGAUGAGUCCACACUUCAUAAACAGGAGAAGCUUCUUGACGAUACUCUUCCGCCUUUGGUCGAGAAGAAGGAACAUCUUUCCGUUGAGUGUAAGCAAUUACAGCAGCGUCACGAUGAACUCAACAGCUGUGACCGCGAAGAGCUUGAGCAGACAAGGGAAAAGCUUACGGCUACGGAUGCCGAGUUGGAAGAAAAGAAGCUGCUUUUGGCCCAAUUGCAACAAGAGCUUUUUGACAAAGAGACACGCAUAGAGGCAGCCAAGGAGCGCAAAGUCGAAUGCAUUGAAGAGAUCAGAACAGCGGAACGUGUUCGAGAAGAGUGCCGUGGCUGGUCUACUAGUGAAGUCAGCAGUCUGAGAGCUAAACUUACCACCCUUGAGCAAGCCCACGGUUGGAGCAUCACGUCCGCUUCCUCGGCGAGUAUCACAAUGACACACCUGAACGACCUCGAAUUAUACUUCGUACCUGCGGCCUUCUCCACCGGCACCAACACAUCCAAUGGGUCUAUCUCGCUUGCCUACAUUGGUGAUUCAGCGACGCCGCAUCCUCGCACCUUGACUACAAGCAAGCGCUUCUUCCUCCAGCUCAUCCGUGCACACCUACAUGGCAUUCCGCAGUCUCAAACCCGCAUCUCCUCGCUCCUUUCCCUUGUCAAGAAUGCAUGGGCUACCGCAACUGCUGUCGCCGAGGGUGUUCGCUGGCUCGAGCAUAGCUACAUCACCGAGGAGUCCAUCCUUUCGGAUGAGCGCAUGGCAAUCUCCGCAAACAUGUUACUGCCAACCCUCCAGACGAAGAUCAAGGUUACUUUUGAAGUCGGUGUCGGUCUGGGCAAGGAUGGUAUAGAGACUGACGUUGAUAUCAAGGGGGAGGUUGUCUACGGUGAGAAAUAUGGGGAGGAGAAGAUGGGCGCGUUCCUGCGCGACUUUUGUGGGAAUGAGGUCAAAGACAAGAAAAGAAUGUCUGUUUGGGCGGAUGGUAUGCUUGAUCUUGCAGCGAGGUUGAAGAAGACCGGAAGAAAAGGGGAGAGGAAGUAG